UAUACUUUGAAUCCUGUAACGCCAGCCAAACAUGGGGUUUUUACCGCUGUCCCUCUCUCAAUCUCUGUCUUUCAUUCUGUUUCUCUUCCAUUUCCAUUCAACAAUUUCAUCUCCACUCUCCUCAAAUUACCAAUCUCUUUCUCUCCUUCAAUUCAAACAAUCUUUCUCCAUCAGUAGAUCUGCUUCGUCGGAGGACUAUUGUCAAUAUCCCUUUCCAAAAACAGAGUCAUGGAAAGAGGGUACAGGCUGCUGCUUGUGGGAUGGGGUCACUUGUGACCUGAAAACCGGGCAUGUCACUGGAUUGGACCUCUCUUGCAGCAUGCUUUACGGCACCCUCCUUCCCAAUAAUUCUCUCUUCUCUCUCCAUCAUCUUCAGAACCUCGACCUCUCUUUCAAUGAUUUCAACUCCUCUCAUAUUUCUUCUCGAUUUGGCCAGUUCUCCAGUCUAACACAUCUUAACCUCAGUGGUUCAGUUCUUGCAGGCCAAGUUCCAUCAGAAGUCUCUCACCUCUCCAAAUUGGUUUCUCUUGAUCUCUCUUUGAACUACGGUCUAAGUCUAGAACCAAUUUCUUUUGACAAGCUUGUUCGAAACCUAACCAAGCUUAGAGAACUCGAUUUGAGUUCAGUAGACAUGUCACUACUUGUUCCCGAUUCCUUGAUGAAUCUGUCUUCUUCUCUGUCAUCACUCAAACUCACUGCCUGUGGAUUGCAAGGAAAACUCAUAUCCUCAAUGGGGAAAUUUAAGCACCUGCAGUACUUGGGUCUUGGAGGGAACAAUCUUACUGGUCCAAUUCCACAUGAUUUUGAUCAACUCACUGAGUUGGUUUCACUUGAUCUCUCUGACAAUGUCUAUCUGAGUCUAGAACCAAUUUCUUUUGACAAGCUUGUUCGAAACCUAACCAAGCUUAGAGAACUCGACUUGAGUUGGGUAGACAUGUCACUACUUGUUCCCGAUUCCUUGAGGAAUCUGUCCUCUUCUCUGUCAUCACUGAAACUCAUUUACUGUAGAUUGCAAGGAAUCCAUUCACUUAGUAAUCUCAUACAGCUCACCUAUUUAGACCUUUCAGGUAACAAUUUGAACGGUCAAAUCAUAUCAUCACUCGGUAAUCUCACACAGCUCACCUAUUUAGUCAUCUUAGGUAACAAUUUGAACAGUCAAAUCACAUCAUCACUCGGUAAUCUCACACAGCUCACCUAUUUAGACCUCUCAGGUAACAAUUUGAUCGGUCAGAUCCCAUCAUCACUUGGUAAUCUCACACAGCUCACCUUUUUAGACCUCUCAAAUAACAAUUUGAGCGGUCAGAUCCCAUCAUCACUUGGAAACCUUGUACAACUUCGUUACUUGUGUCUCUCUUCCAAUAAAUUUAUGGGUCAAGUUCCAGAUUCUUUGGGUAGCCUAGUCAAUUUGAGUGGUCAGAUCAUAUCAUCACUUAGUAUUGUCACACAGCUCACCUUUUUAGACCUCUCACGUAACAAUUUGAGCGGUCAGAUCCCAUCAUCACUUGGAAACCUUGUUCACCUUCGUUCCUUGUUUCUCGGUUCCAAUAAAUUUAUGGGUCAAGUUCCAGAUUCUUUAGGUAGCCUAGUCAAUCUUUCAGAUUUAGAUUUAUCCAAUAAUCAACUAGUAGGCUCUAUUCAUUCUCAAUUAAAUACCCUUUCAAAUCUACAAUCUCUAUAUUUAUCCAAUAACUUGUUCAAUGGAACAAUACCAUCCUCUUUUUUCGCUCUUCCUUCUUUACAAAAUCUUGACCUUCAUAACAAUAAUCUCAUAGGCAAUAUAAGUGAAUUCCAACACAAUUCUUUGAGAUUCCUUGAUUUGAGCAAUAACCACUUGCAUGGUCCGAUCCCAAGUUCGAUUUCCAAUCAAGAGAACUUGACAGCCCUUAUUCUUGCGUCCAAUAGUAAAUUAACAGGUGAGAUUUCUUCUUCUAUUUGCAAGCUGAGAUGCCUUCUAGUCCUGGACUUGUCCAACAAUAGCUUGAGUGGUUCUACGCCACUAUGUUUGGGGAACUUCAGCAACAUGCUCUCAGUAUUGCAUCUUGGCAUGAACAAACUUCAAGGCAUUAUCCCUUCAAUAUUUUCAAAGGAUAAUAGCUUGGAAUAUCUCAACCUCAAUGGAAAUGAAUUAGAAGGGAAAAUACCACUGUCUAUCAUCAACUGCACAAUGUUGGAAGUUAUUGAUCUUGGCAACAAUAAGAUUGAGGAUACAUUUCCCUACUUUCUAGAAACGCUUCCAGAGCUGCAAGUUCUUGUCCUAAAAUCCAAUAAACUCCAAGGUUUUGUGAAGGGUCCGAUUGCAUAUAAUUCCUUCUCUAUAUUACGGAUUCUUGACAUCUCUGACAACAAUUUUAGUGGGCCAUUGCCAACUGGGUAUUUCAAUAGUCUUGAAGCAAUGAUGGCCUCGGAUCAAAACAUGGUUUACAUGGGGACAACAAAUUACACUGGCUAUGACUAUUCCAUAGAAAUGACAUGGAAAGGUGUAGAAAUUGAGUUUACGAAGAUCCGAAGUACUAUCAAAGUACUUGAUUUGUCAAAUAACAAUUUCACCGGAGAGAUUCCAAAAGCGAUCGGAAAGCUUAAAGCACUCCAUCAGCUCAACCUUUCUUAUAAUUUCCUUACAGGUCAUAUCCAAUCAUCAUUAGAAAAUUUGAACAAUUUGGAAUCAUUAGAUCUAUCUUCAAAUCUGCUUACAGGAAGGAUUCCAACGCAGCUGGGGGGUCUAACAUUUCUUGCAAUCCUAAACCUUUCACAUAACCGACUCGAGGGCCGCAUACCAAGUGGAAAGCAGUUCAACACCUUUAAUGCAAGCUCAUUUGAAGGAAACUGGGGUUUAUGUGGAUUUCAAGUACUAAAACAAUGUUACGGUGAUGAGGCACCAUCAUUGCCGCCAUCAAGCUUUGAUGAAGGAGAUGAUUCAACAUUGUUUGGAGAUGGAUUUGGAUGGAAAGCUGUGACAAUAGGGUAUGGAUGUGGGUUUGUGUUUGGAGUUGCAACAGGAUACGUUGUGUUCAGAACAAAAAAACCUUCAUGGUUUUUUAGGAUGGUUGAAGAUAUAUGGAAUCUCAAGAGAAAGAAAACAAAGAAGAAAGUUGGCAGACGUGGUGCUCGAAGAAACUAAAUAAUGCAAUUGAUAUUUUCAAUACAAACAAGAUAUCAUGUUGAUUUGACACGGAAACAACACUAGGGUGGCAGAUUCAUAGUAUUGGAUUCCCUUUACUUUACUUUAUUUUAUUUUUUUCAUCAAGGUUAAUUGGUGUUACUUCUAUGAAAAAGAUUCCAUGUAUGCAAGCAAUAGUUUGUGUAAACUAUAAAAUCAUUAUGUUUUAGGUUCUUUUUUUAUGUGUUCA